AUGGAGGUACUUAUGGCCGAACGGGCCAAUCUGGUCUUUCACAAUAAAGUGAUAGAUGGAACUGCCAUUAAACGACUUAUUAGCAGAUUAAUAGAUCAUUUUGGAAUGGCAUAUACAUCACACAUCCUGGAUCAAGUAAAGACUCUGGGUUUCCAGCAAGCCACUGCUACAUCCAUUUCAUUAGGAAUUGAUGAUCUUUUAACAAUACCUUCUAAGGGAUGGCUAGUCCAAGAUGCUGAACAACAAAGUUUGAUUUUGGAAAAACACUAUCAUUAUGGAAAUGUACACGCGAUAGAAAAAUUACGCCAAUCUAUUGAGAUAUG